UUGCUAGUGUGCAAUAUCUUUUACUUUGUAAAACAUUAGACCGGAAAUCCUCUUCCUGCCGUAACCAACAUGGCGGCUGACACAGACGAAAGCCACUAUUUUGUUAGAGAAAUUGAGAAAAACGACGGUUGUACCUUAAAAGUGAAGCAGUGCUACUUAGGAGACGUUGGCUGUGUUGUGUGGGACGCAGCUAUCGUUCUAGCAAAAUAUUUAGAGACGAAACAAUUUUAUGAUCCGUCCUCAGGAUUGAACGUGUGGGCUGGCAGAAGUGUUGUGGAGUUAGGAGCAGGGACAGGAGUUGUUGGUCUGAUGGCGGCAACACUGGGAGCUCAAGUUACUGUAACAGACCUAGAGGAUUUGCAGACCCUCAUGAGGGUGAACAUCCAGGAAAACCAGGGACUUAUCAGUAGUGGAUCAAUUACUGCCAAGGUACUGAAAUGGGGUGAAGAUGUCUCUGAAUUCAUGCCUCCUCAAGAUUAUAUCCUUAUGGCAGAUUGUAUCUAUUAUGAGCAGUCUAUUGUUCCACUAGUGGAAAGCUUGAAGCUGCUCUCUGGACCAGAGACUUGCAUUAUUUGCUGCUAUGAGCAACGAACCGAGGGCAUCAACCCACAAGUGGAAAGGCAGUUUUUUGAGUUGCUGCAACAAAACUUCAGCUGUGAGGAGAUCCCAUCAGACAAGCAAGACCCAGAGUUUAGCAGUCCAGACAUCCACAUCCUACACAUCCGAAGAAAAGUUUGAUUUUGUGGGGUGAAAUUUAUGCGUGUAGUAAUCAGUGUGCUGCCCUAACACCGUGUGGAAAUCAGAUUGUGAAACUGAACACUUAAGUCUGUACUGGCAUGUGUGGAACAUAUCUUAAUUUAUGUACUUUUUAAAACUUUGUUUUUUUAAAGAAAAAGAUUUUUCAUUUGAUCACUAAACAUUCUCCUGAUUUGUGAUUGGAGUAAAAAAACAAACAGUGAACUCAUUGUGAUUUUUUUUUUCCCAAUGUUAAAUAACAUUACAAGUUUCAUUGUCUGUGUAAUUGUACAACUGUGAAGGUAGAUGGCAGACAUGUGCAAGCACAGACAGACUGUUCUUUUUGUGAAAGCUAUACAAAGUAUGAUUUUUCUUUUAAAAAAAAAAUUAAAUCAAAAGUACAGGCACAUAAAAGUAAUCACUCGCUCAUGCCACUAGAAGCAUCUGUAUCUGCAGACCUUUCCCUCUGCCUGUAUUUUCUGAUUUCUCCAGUAUUUUGCUGUGUUCAGGACAGUCUGGAAAUGAGAUGAGAACGGACUAUCGUUCUCACUUACUGCAUCUCUGGGUGGUGUGUUUACAAACAGCAACUAACAAAUUCUGCAUAGUAAUCCUCUAAUAAGAUAAGAAAGUUCACAAUCAUUCAAGGAAGGGACCGAACAGGAUGUUCAUUUGGCUGUGAGACGGAGGAUUAGCUUUCCAAACACAGUGGAAGUUUAAAACUGACAGCUCAGUAAACAGCAAGAAACUACAAACAUGAAAUUUAUGAUGUGUUUCCUUUUUUAACUUUUCUACUGUGCAAGAUUAUGCAUACAAGUAUAUAAGUGUUAAAAGGCACAAUCACAUGGUUGAUUUAAAUUGUUGAUUUUCACUGUAAUUUGCAGGAUUUCUAAUUGUGAAUGAGGAAAUUGCCCAUUUUGAGCACCAAGGGGCAAUAAUUGUUUAAAAUCUAAAAGAAAUACACGUUAGAGUCAUGUGUAAAUGUUUAAUAGCUUGUCAGAUUAUUAGUGAAGAUGUUUAUCUCAGAACCAUAUUUUUAAUUGUGAAGCCAGUGUUCUUAUUACAGUUUUAGAACAUACUACAGAGAUGGGAAAAUAAAUCAGGACUAAUUGUGA